AUGAUUUUGUUUUUAUUCUUACCUUUUAUCUUAUCGUUUAUCUUGAUUCCUCCUGUGUCUGAAGAUUCAGUUGGAAGCUAUAAAGGCACCAAGGAAUUGAAUAUCGAAAUAGUCAAAAGAGAACUUAUCACUAAAGAUGAAGCAGAUUUAUUCAAAACGUUAUUUGCACAAACUCAACCACAACUUUUCAAUGUGAUUCAAGACGAACAACAGCAAACUGACUAUGAUGACCAUUUGCCAACUAGUAUUAUAGUUUAUAAGAGUAAAAGAUCCAAAGAGUCUGAUAAGGACUUUGUUGAUAGAUUAAGAGAAUUGAAUUGUGGUAAAGGUGAUCAAGCACCCACAAAAUACGAUUAUGCUACUGUGUUUGAGGAAGACGUCUUCAGCGUAAGUACACUUGAAGAAGAAGAAGCUAUUAAAGUUAAAACCUUAGAAAAGAAGCUCAUAAAGAAUUCUGUUUUACAAUAUUUAAAUCAAUUCAAUGAUUUGGUUUAUGUAAUCAACGGAACAUAUUUGAAUCUUGUCAGUCAACUAUAG